AUGGCUUCAGAGCGGCCCUGUCCUGCAGAUGACUUCAGUAUCUACUAUGUCCUCGCAGAGUGCACAGAUCACUAUGACAGCUCUCCAGUCAAGGAGGUGGAGGAGAACCAGCCCCAUUCCCAGGGAGUGACAGGCCUGCGGAACUUGGGCAACACGUGUUACAUGAACGCCAUUCUCCAGUGUCUCUGCAGCAUUUCACCGCUGGUGGAAUACUUUCUCUCGGGAAAGUACAUUACUGCUCUUCAAAAGGAUUGCAGUGAGGUUGCCACUGCGUUUGCCUACGUGAUGACAGAUAUGUGGCUUGGAGACUCAGAAUGCGUCUCGCCAGAAAUAUUUCGGUCAGCUUUUGGCAACCUCUACCCAGCAUUCAUGAAAAAAACGCAACAAGAUGCCCAGGAAUUCUUGAUUUAUGUCCUGAAUGAGCUUCAUGAAUCUCUGAAAAAGUGCCAUCGAAAAUCAUAUGAAAAAGGAUCUAUUCCAAGGUGCUGCAGGAAGACAAUUGCCAAUGAGGUCUCCAUCAUCACCCAGCUGUUUGAAGGGCAGCUCAACUAUAGCAUCAUGUGUUUGAAGUGUGAGAACUGCACCUACAAGAAUGAAGUCUUCACCAUUCUUUGCCUCCCCAUUCCAUCCGAUUACGAGUGCUCUCUUCAGGACUGUCUCCAGUGUUUUUUUCAACAAGAUACACUGACCUGGCAUAACCAAAUCCACUGUUCCUUCUGUGAAACCAAGCAAGAAACAGCAGUGAGGGCCAGUAUUUCCAAAGCACCAAAAGUAAUUAUCUUUCACUUAAAAAGAUUUGACAUUCUGGGUACAAUGAAAAGAAAACUGAGGACAGAUAUUCAUUAUCCACUCACAAACUUGGACCUUAGUCCUUAUAUUUGUCCAGUUUUUCGGAAACACCCUAAAUAUAACCUCUGUGCGGUUGUGAACCACUUUGGUGAUCUGGACGGUGGCCACUACACUGCUUUCUGCAAGAACUCAGUGACCCAGGCCUGGUAUAGCUUUGAUGACACACGAGUCAGUGAGAUUCCAGAUACUUCAGUGCAAACUGCUACGGCCUAUCUCCUGUUCUACAGUUGCCAGCCCUUUUCUAUACCUAUAAAAAAAUGCAAGAGCUAG